AUGUCAGACUACCUUUGGUUUGAAGGAAUACCUUUCCCUUCAGUGGGGUAUGAAAAAGAAACACUUGAUAAAGUCAAUAAUAAGUUUGUGGUUAGAGAUGAAGACACAAUCAUAUUGACUUACCCCAAAUCAGGAACUAACUGGCUGAUUGAGAUUGUCUGCUUGAUUCAGACCAAGGGGAAUCCCCAGUGGAUUCAAUCUGAGCUCAUCUGGAAACGCUCACCCUGGAUAGAGUCUGAAGACGGAUAUCAAACUUUAAUCAAUAAGGAAGGACCACACCUCAUCAGCUCUCAUCUUCCCUUCCAUCUUUUCCCCAAGUCUUUCUUCAGUUCCAAGGCCAAGAUGAUCUAUGUCAUCAGAAAUCCCAGAGAUGUUCUUGUGUCUGGUUAUUUUUUCUUUCAUAAGACAAACCUUGUUAAGAAUCCAGAGUCUUUUAUAAAUUAUUUUGAAUGGUUCCUCAAAGGAAAUGUUGUAUUUGGAUCAUGGUUUGAGCACACCCGUGCCUGGCUGUCCAUGAGAGAAAGGGACAACUUCCUGCUUUUGAGCUAUGAAGACCUGAAACAGGACACAAGAGGAACCAUAGAGAAGAUCUGUGACUUCCUAGGAAAGAAAUUAGAGAAAGAUGAGCUGGAUCUGGUCCUCAAGUACAGUUCCUUCCAAUUCAUGAAAGAAAAUAAAAUGUCCAAUUUUAGCCUCAUCCCAGAAGAUGUGAUUACUAAUGGUUUGAAACUCAUGAGGAAAGGCACGACUGGAGACUGGAAGAAUCACUUUACUGUAGCCCAAGCUGAAGCCUUUGAUAAAGUGUUCCAGGAGAAAAUGAUUGGUUUCCCACCAGAACUGUUCCCAUGGCAAUAA